AUGUCCACCGACGACAGCAGUCCCAAAAUCCACCGACCGAAGCCUCUUCGUCCCUUCGAACCUUCACUGUUGUCCCCCGCUCAACCCGAUGAGACUCCCUCCCGAACUCACUCAAUCCUAAACCUGACCUCCUCCACUCUCCUUGGUAUAUACUCCCAGACUGGCUACCAAUCCGACCGCGAUUAUACUGAGCCCUCGACGCCCUGGGGAACCGGCGCGGAGACUCCUUCAUGCAACAGCCCCGCGCUCGCUGGAAUCCGCUCGAAAGUUAGAGUGCCUCCCCCUCCACCGCCUUCCCUCACCUCCACAAUUUCGUCCCUGGUUGUGAGAAGCAUCCUAUUAUUUGGGACUGGUAUGGGAUACGGGGCGCUGGUCCGGCAUUUGCAUAGCGAUAGGAAAUUGGCACCUUUCCAGGUACCGGACAUCAUCAAGCCCCGACAUGAUUGGAGAUACCUUGUAUUUUGGGGUCUUGCGGGGGUGGCAUUAGGGAGUUUGUUGCCGUGGUUCGAUUCAUUUUGCGCAUCUAGAGAAUCAGAAAACUCGAAUUCAGAUUAUUCUGCCGCUGGAGGUCGGAAUGCGAGCCCUACAAAACUUGCCCAAGGAGAAGCGGAGGAGUCGAGUAGCAUAUUCAGUGGGGAUUGGACACCGGUGAUUAGAAGUGUGGGUGCUUUUGUUGGAAUUGCUUUUGCUAUUCGCAAACUCCCCUGGGCAUCAAGCCUCCAAGCCUCCCUUACCCUUUUCCUCGUUAAUCCAGCUCUAUGGUAUCUAAUCGAUCGCUCGACACCCGGAUUUGUUCUCUCCAGCGCCGUCGGAGCAACAGGGACAGCAUUACUUCUUGCCUCAAACCCAGACAUGAUGCCAAGCCCCGCAUCUUCUCUCCACAAAACCAAUACCACCGCUAACCCUAACGAUAUAAUGGGCGGCAUGAUAGGAAUGGGUAUUGAUGAAUACGUCAGCAGAGAGAGCAUCGAAUGCGGGAUAUGGAUUCUCAGCGUGCUGUUCUGCAGCACUGUAUGUUUUGGAAAUAUCGGUCGCAGAUUGGCGCUCAGUGGCGUGGGAGGUCGGCGAGAUCGCCGUGGGUGGGGUCAAAAGUCGGCGUGA